GUUACUCUGCCUCGACUGGAGCUCAUCGAAGCAGGAGACCUAGAAGCCAACAUCACAGAUACACUACUGGCCAACAGGACUGGCUACAGAGUGUCUGAAACUUUCAACCCUCUGACGACUCUGGACGCUGGGCAGCAAUACUUUUGCAGGGCUCAGCUGGAGAUUGAGUCAGUAGAUGUAUAUCUAAGGUCUCAGAGCGACCCUUACACAGUCACUGUGCAGAUUCCCAGCCCUGAUGUGACCAUAUCCGCAGUCCCUGGCAGAGACGUCUUUGAAGGCUCCACAUUCACUCUCACCUGUCUGGCCACACUGAGCCCUCACGUGAACACUCCCACUGAGGUUUCAUUUAUGUGGGCAGUCCCCGGUCAAUUAACCGGCGAGGAACCCGUAAUUCAGACAGCAGACUCUGGACCACUGGUUCACUCUAGUAACCUCACUCUGGCUAAUGCUAAAAGAGAUGCUGGGGGACUGUACACAUGCACUGUAAGCGUGCGUGGUGGGGAUCACGUUCUGGAUAUCAGUGUGGCUCAAACUAUCACUCCCAGAGUACUU